AUGACAGCCUUUCGAGUCGAAUCGUGGAUAUGGUAUUCCGUCGCAAUAUGCACAGUCGUCGCACGCGUGGUCGCAAGACUACUACAUUUCAAGUCAUUCUUACGACUGCAGGUGGAGGACUUUUUGAUGGUCUUUCUGACCUGCCUGUACACCAUCCUCAUCGUAUUCCUGAACAUCGACCUGACUGUAUCCACCAAUCUCAUUGAUCCCGCCCAUCCUGUCGACUUGACACCACACGAAAUCAACAAAAGAACAUGGGGUGCCAAAACCGUGCUUCUCGUCGAGCAAUGCAUGUGCGCGAUACAAUGGGGAACAAAAGUAUGUUUGUUGCUGCUCUAUUGGCGCCUUACACAAAAUCUGAGACAAGGAAUGGUUGUCAAAUGUGCUGCAGCGUACGUCGUGAUCACCUACGUCGUUAUGGAGAUCUUCUACUUCGCAGUCUGGUGUCGACCAUUUCAUGAUUACUGGCAAACCCCAACCGACAACACGCAAUGCACGACGGCGCUGCACCAUCUCAUCAUGAACCUGGUCUUCAAUUUGACAAGCGAUGUCCUCAUUCUCUCGAUACCCUUGCCCCUUUUUCUCACGACCCACCUAGAGUUCAAACGGAAACUUCUCCUGGUCUUCCCGUUCAGCUUGGGUAUCUUCACCAUGGUAUGCGCUAUAUUGAGCAAAGUUGCAAGCUUUAAGCACCCAUACAGCUCGGAAUGGGUAUACUGGUAUUGUCGAGAGGCCAGCACAGCCAUGAUUGUCAGCAACAUGCCGUACAGUUGGGCCUUGAUAAGAAGAGCCUUCAACCUCCGAUCCUUCUUUGGUGACUCGAGCUCGGAUCGAAUGCAAGAGGGUCGUCCCAGGGAGCUACAAGGUACCAGUGCUGGAGCGAUACCUUUGGGCAGCCAACCGCGCUCCAGACAAGUGAGUCAGCCAGAUCAAGCUUCGGGCAACUUUUCCUGGAAACAUUCGACAUUGCACAAGAAACAUAAUAUACACAACAAUCCGGAAGAGGCAGCGACAAAGCCUUGGGACUCUGGCGCGGCGAUCAAGGACAAAGAGACCGAUGUCGAGAUAGCAGGAAUUUCGACCAGCAAUAGUAGCGUUGGAUCCACGCAAAAGCCGUCACAGUCACCCACGUCUGAUUGGACACUGGAUCGCCUGUACCCUCUGGACGACGAUGAAGAAGAUAUCGGAAAGCUGGAUGUCACACAGCGGCGGUAUGAUGGUUGA